AUGUAUGUACUAACAUGUCAAGCAUCCCGUGCCAUUUUUAUAGGAACAGUUCUUGGUCUGGCACUUACCGUGGGUGGUAUUGCAGGCUUGCAGUUUUAUUCAUUUCGCAAAAUCCAGGCCAUUCAACCUAUUCCUUCUGAGUGGACUUUUCAAACGAAACUUCUGGUUCAAGCGGGUGUAGAUAGCGAACAAGCUCAAAACAUUGAACAGGCAGCAAAGUACUAUCAACAGGCCAUUGAUGUUCUCCUUGGUAAAGACAAGCAAACUGAUAUUAGUACGAAGUCAAAACAAUGGCUUACUGGUUAUGCCGAUCUUCUAAUACGGUUUGGUCUUGUUCAAGAGAUGUUAAACCACAGACAAGAAGCCCGAGAAGCAUUAGAAGCGGGAUAUUCGAUGCCCGUGGGAACACCGCAUGUUAGAUCUAAAGCUGCUAUCCAGCUUGGGCAAUAUUCUUUGGAGAGUAAUAAAUUUUCAGAGAGUGAAAAGCUAUUUGUAGAGAGUCUGAAGGAAGUUGCAUCAGCACCAAUUCUUCAAUAUUUGGCGACUGGACCAUCUCCAGUCGUCCUGCCUGAAAACAUUGUUGCAAAUGACUAUCAAAUGGCACCCCUGAUAGAGCUAGGAAAAUUAUAUGUGAAACAGAAAAGAUACCAAUGUGCAUUUUCAUCAUUUUUAGCGAGCUUAAGAGCUCUACGUAACGCCAAAGACGUAUUCAUCAAUCAGUCAGGAUCAGGUGUGCCGUUAGAUUUACAUUUGCAAAACUUUGAUGUCAAAUGUAAUGAGGCAAUUAUUAUGAGUUAUAUAUCAGAGAUAUUGUGGAAAUUAGGGAAAAAACAGGAUGCCGUGAUUUGGGGAGAAGGAAGUUAUUAUGAGUCGUUUCCAAGAAGUCAUGGCGUGGUGGAAUGUCGACUUUGUGCAAAAAUGGUAGCUAACAAUCUUUACAUUAUGUACAGGAAUAUGGGCAUGUCUGAGCAAAGUGAGACUUUUAAAAAUAUCCAUGAGUCUUUAGAUUUUGACUGA